UGUUUCUCACUUUCAGUUCCCAUUUGUUGGGUGAAGUCAGCUCAGCGACGUUGCGUGUUUCAGUGAAGCAAUAGGAAAAAGUUAACCUCCAUCACAAGCUUCAAGAACAAAGUUUCUCAUGCUGCCUUGUUUACAUGAUGGACGGUUAUGGCAUAUCAUCGGCUUCAGAGGAAAUCGUUCCAAAUGCACCAGAGACCUAUCGUCCACCUGCAGAGCUGUACCCUUAUCUCACUACCGUAGACCACAGAUGGACCUUCCACACGGAGCGCAUCCAGCCGACGGACUAUGAGAAUUCUCCAGUGAAUCACCUCAUUGAGCUUCAGUCUGUGUCUCCUCAACAACUGGUCCAACCAACAUACCGCUUCACCAGCGAGUCUCUGCCCCUUCACCUGGACCCACCACUCGUACCUCUCUCUGUGUCACCACAAAUCCCAUAUUACACCCAAUCCCUGUGCUACCAGUACCAACCCUCUGCCUCGCCUGGACAUUACUAUUCAGAAGAGGAACAAAGAGGAAUCAGUCCUCCGCUCGAGGUAUCAGACGGGGAGGAACUUGAAGACCACAACCACUCCUCCUUCAGGAAAGACACUAGCAACAAGAAAAAAAUCCGCUUGUACCAGUUCCUCCUGGACUUGCUACGAAACGGUGACAUGACUGAUAGUAUCUGGUGGGUGGACCAGGACAAGGGCAUCUUUCAGUUCUCCACAAAACACAAAGAAAUCCUGGCCAGCCAUUGGGGUACUCAGAAAGGAAACCGCAAAAAGAUGACCUACCAAAAAAUGGCUCGGGCUCUGAGGAACUAUGGCAAAUCUGGAGAGAUUAAAAAAGUAAAGAAAAAGCUUACCUACCAGUUCAGUGAGGAGGUGCUGAGGAACCUCUAUUUACACCAGUAUCCUCACUGAUGAGGUUACACAGGCUGUCUUUCAUUACGCUGAAAUCACUAAACUAGCCAACAUUGUGUUUUUCCUGUACGCAAUUUCCCCCUUUUUCUACCAAGUUUUCUUACAUAUUUAUUUUGAUGCCAGUGUACAUCCUCUACUUUGCCAUUUGCCUCUCUAAACUUCUUAAUUUCAGACUCAAAUGGACUUUGUGCAUGUAAAUGUAAGUGUUUGUGUACAAGGAUUAAAUAAUUAAUAAACAUCAGGGACAACUAAAAAAACAACAACAACACCGUUUUUACAUAAUCUUUUGUCAUGAAUGUGUGUCUUUUUUGUCACAUUACUCAAAUGAACUAAUCUUCAAACACACACAAAUCAUGUUCUGGCCCACAGUGGAUAUGUGUUUAUUCCAGAGCAUGAUGAGGCCUAUUUCUACUUCAGCAAAAUUUGAGUGGCAGAGCUGAGCAACAUGGUUGCAAAUUACUAUCUCAUUGUUUUUAACCCUGGUUAAAAUGAGAAAAAGGGGAGAGCAAAACUGCUGUGAUCCAUGCAGGCCUGGAAAGAGAAGGGAUAAUAUAUAUAUCCAUGGACCAAACCUUAAGCAAAAGCAGAUAUGAGAAAGUAUACACAGCAACACUGGCUGCG